AUCGGGCACGAGAUUCACACUUUAAGAAAAGGGAACCCAGCUUUUUCCAGUGAAGCCCGGCUUUGACCCGGCAGGCCCGAUGGACGCUGUUGUCACUCAGUUUCCAGGGUGAAGAGCUCUGAGGAGGCUGAGCUGGGAUCCAAGGGAGAGGGGAAAAACACAAGCUGUGUCACUUAGUGGUUCUCCUGAGGGGCCCGGUCCGGGAACAAACACACUUUAAUUGUGUUCACAGACAAACCUCUGCAAGCAGGGACAUUUAUGACAUAAUUGGGAGUCACUAUAGAGGACUAGUCUUAGCGGGCGUUGCCUAAUGAGGAGGAGACCUGCCGAGUAAAACAUAUCCCAAUGCCAAUACCUAUGUUUUACUCAAAAUGUGAGAAAAACAUUCAUCAGCUUCUUGUAUUGUGAAUCAUGCGAACAUUCUGAGAUCAGUUUCAAGCAGAACAAUCGAAGGAUUGUGAAGCGUGACUUAGCUUUCACAGAUCAAACGAGCAGCCCAGGUGUGUGGCUAUGGCACAGAGACCAGCAGUUUGACCAUGUAAACCAUCAGGACCAUCUUCAGUUACUGCUGAUAGAAAUGUGCUUUUGUUGGUGCAAACUAAUAAACAUGUGGUAUAUUUAUUGAUUACAGGCUGGACAAAGGGUUCUGUCCUUUUAUGCCAAUGUGAUAAUGGCCCCGUCUGCUUUUAUAAAAAGUGCAGGUGUCCUGCCCCUUCUGCUUUUAGGACUCCUUCGACCCGCAGUGUUAACGAAUUUCACUGCUGUAUCUAAUGACACCCUCGCAACAAACUCCAGCGGCCUUGUCACCAAUACCACUGGAGCUACAACAACAAACUCCAGCGGCCAUGUCACCAAUACCACUGGAGCUACAACAACAAACUCCAGCGGCCAUGUCACCAAUACCACUGGAGCUACAACGACCACCAUGACCAGCCCUGUCACCGCUACAGCCAACAUGUCUGGAGUGCCUAUGCAUGAAAACACCACAAACGCUACAUCAAACAUGAGCCAUAUUUACUGCCCCUCAUUCAGCUGCAACCACUCAGACUGCUACAUGAUGUACAACAGUAGGAACUUCACUCCAUGCGGCGCCGGUCACUACUGUCAGCUCCAAAAGCAGAUGGGGAUGCACACGGUCGGCUGCAGCAGCUCCUGCGCUAACUGCACGGGCUCCAUGGCCAACUGCUCUGUGACCUGCUGUAACUUCACUGGCUGCCUCAACGGCAGCUUUGCCUCCAUGAUGCAAACAACUACCGCCCCAAUGACACAAACAACAACCACAACAACCACUACCACAACCUCCACUCCACAAACAACAAUGAACAAUGGCAACAAAUGCUACAAGGGAACGUGUACUGACACAGACUGUUACACUACCUUUAAAAAUACAGCGGCCCAAAUAUGCUCCUCAACCGAGAAACACUGUCAGCUGAAGAAGGACACGGUCGACUCCAAGGUGCAGUGGACCGCAGGCUGCACCACCAACUGCUCCACCCAGACCCCGUGCAAGGCCUCCACGCAGCCUCCGUGCCACCUGGAGUGCUGCAACGCCACCAUGACCUCCUGCCUGUGGUUGAAUGGAACUCUGAAUUUCCCUUCCUCCGCCACAAGAGGCCCUUAUCUCCACGCAGAAGUGGUCGUGUUCUUCCUUUGCCUCUUCACCAGCGCCUUCAUGCUGUGAAACACUGGCUGUGAGCUUCCUCAGCUGCUGCGCUUCGAGUGACUCCCACAGGCCUUUCAGAAAUAAUGCUUAGUACUGCAGACUUCAUUUACACUCAUUUAUUACAGUAAUAAUUGUAUAUAUUGUAUAUGUAUAGAGUUAUGUAAGGCCUCAUUUAUUGUAUUUGUGUAAUUUCUUGUUUUUCCAUAACUUUUCCCUCUGUUUCAAAGCCAACAAACACAUCAUUUCAAAGUAUUUCUAAAGAAACUGAAAAGAACAAAUUAAAAAUCAGCUAAAUAAUGUUGUUUUAAAAACUUGUCUUUUUGUUAAUAUUUGUGUAUUUUUAAAUAGUUUAUAAUUUGUUUAAACUAACUGAAUUCUGAUUUGGGCCUUAACUCCAAUAUGUCCAGUAAGUCCAGUGUAACUUAUUGAACUUAACUGAAUGAAUUUAAUGUUGGAUGUUGAAUAAAAUAAUUCUGAUGGCUUAGUUUCAUAAAGACUAUUUUAAACUAUCUUCUCCUCAGGACAUUUUAAAAGUAAUGCAGCUACAACUCUAGAGGCACUUUAUAAAAUACAAAUGUUCAGCUGUGAUAUAGUGAUGUGAAGGUUUGCUGAGACUCUAAAUGUUAUGAAAUAUGCAAAUCAUUGUUGGACGUCUAUGUGGUUUACAUGCAAGUAAUAUGACUAUUUUAUAGAAUGAAGAAGUCGUGGAAAAGUCAGUAGAAUCAGAAAUCAUUCUAGUUUUAUGUAUUGUACAAAAAACUUUGCAUAGCUAAUAAACUAUAUUUCUGAUUUACCUUUA